CGUCACCGUCUCUCGACUCCGGCGGCGUCGCUCUGGUUGCCGGUACAUAGCCCCCUUGUGCGGGACUGUUAUAACUUCUCACCAUGAAAAUUGUCAGGAAAGAUUACCUACCCGACGGCCCGGGUAGCGUCAAGAUGACGCCUGUUGAUUCAGAUGAUCUCUGGUUUGCUUACAAUCUAAUACUUCCUGGAGAUUCUGUUAUGGCCGUUACUGUCAGGAAGGUAUUGAGGGAGAUGGCAUCUGGUAGUAGAGAUGCUGAGCGUGUGAAGCUCAAGUUGGAAGUCAGAGUUGAGGGCAUUGAGUAUGAUAAAGAAGGGGGCGUCUUACGAAUCCGGGGGAAGAAUAUCCUAGAGAAUGAACAUGUGAAGAUUGGUCAAUUCCAUACGCUGGAACUUGAGCUGCAUCGGCCCUUUGUUUUGAGAAAACAAGUUUGGGAUUCAUUAGCACUGGAGGUACUUAAGCAAGCCUCAGAUCCUACAGCAAGUGCUGAUCUCGCUGUGCUUCUAAUGCAAGAAGGAUUAGCACAAAUUUUCCUAGUUGGCAGAAGUGUCACAACUUCACGUGCACGGAUCGAAACUUCAAUACCGCGUAAACAUGGACCUGCAAUUGCCGGUUAUGAUUCGGCACUAAAUAAGUUUUUCCAGAAUGUUUUACAAGCUUUCCUGAAACAUGUUGACUUCAAUGUUGUUCGGUGUGCUGUGAUUGGAAGUCCUGGUUUUACAAAGGACCAAUUUCAUCGUUAUCUGUUGCUAGAGGCAGAGAAAAAAGAGUUAAGACCCAUUAUUGAGAAUAAGUCCAAGAUAAUCCUUGUGCAUACAUCCUCUGGAUACAAGCAUAGUUUGAGAGAUGUACUUGAUGCACCAAGUGUCAUGAAUAUGAUUAAAGAUACUAAAGCAGCAGAAGAGGUCCGGGUUCUGAAGGAUUUCUAUGACAUGCUCUCAAAUGAUCCUGAUCGAGCAUGCUAUGGGCCAAAGCAUGUGGAGGUCGCUAAUGAACGCCUAGCUGUGCAAACUCUUCUCCUAACUGAUGAUCUCUUCAGGAAUGCGGAUGUACCAACUAGACGGAAGUAUGUAGAUCUAGUCACGUCAGUAAAGGGUUCUGGUGGCAAAGCUCAUAUAUUUUCAACUAUGCACUCCUCGGGAGAGCAAUUGGCGCAGUUGACUGGCAUUGCUGCAAUCCUUCGGUUCCCCCUACCGGACCUUGAAGACAUAGAGAUGUGACCAAGAGCAUGAAUUUUAUACCGUAUGGUUUUUGGGUUUGAUUAUUUCCUGAUUGGCUGUAAGCCUGUAACAUCUGAAUAAAUAGCUCCAGUUAAC